CUUCCUUCUCGAUUCUUUUCUCAUCUCUAUCUCUUGAUUCUUUGUGGAUUGUUGACUGGGUUAUAUCAUUUGGUAUCAGAGCUCACGACCUCCGACCUGUGGCUACGACGAUUAGUGAGUUCUUCUUCUCUAUUUCUCUCUCCUUCCCCAAUUUCUUUUCUAAACCCUAAUUCUCUAUCUCUUCAGUUCUUAUUUCUCCUUCUUGAUCAGAUUCCAAAUUUAUUUUUCAUAUGCAAAAUUUCAAAAAAAAUAAAUAUAUAUAUAGAACACAAUUUCUUAAUUCAUCUCAUUGAUUUCCUUGUGGAAAAACCUAGUUCUCCCAUUUCCAAAUUUCUUGUCCAGUAUGAAAAUGGUGGAAUUUACAUGCAAAACAGGAUACAAUGGCCUUCUUGGUAUGAUUUUUGCCAAGAUUUAUAUGCAAGAUUUGUUGUGGGUGUUUAUGGCUGUGAUGUGAAUUUUGUUGAUUUCAAAAUGAUGAUGAAAAUGGUGAAACAAGAAGGCUCGAUUGAGGAGUACAUUGAGAUAUUUGAUUAUUGGGUUAAUAUGACAUAUUUGUUAGUGUUAAGAAGUGACAUGCUGGAUUUCUUUCUCAAUGGGUUGAAAGAUGAUCUUAAAAUUCUGUUGGUUUUAAAAUGUCCUCAAACACUUCAAGCUACUUAUAUGUGUGCUGAAUUUGAAGAGAUUUCCCCUAAGUACUUCAAGCAUAGCUCUGUUUCUUUCAAUGGUCUUACCAUCCAAGAUGGACUUUAUAAGACAAAACUCCUAUUGACUGAAGAACCUAAUGCUAAUGACCAGGAUAUGCAACAGAAGAAAGUGUGUAAUGAAGUUGAUUUAGUUGAUGAGCAAAUGACUCCAAGGCUACACACAGAAACUAUUGAAUUGGAGGUCGAAAAGUUUUAUUUCUCAAGUUUUGAUGUCCAUGAGACAGUACUUGAAGGUGAGCAAAUAAGAGUGCAAGGCAAGAAAGUGGAUAAGGGUGUUAGUCUACAAGCUAAAUUGGUGGACAGAGGCAUUCACUAGAAUUUCAAGAAGAGAAAAAGGAAAAUGAUUUACAAGGUGCUUGUAGUGACUAUUAAUUGGAAAGGAAUGUGUGAUGAUACUUAAAAGCAAAAUUUUGUGUUUGUUGUGAAUUUUCUAAGAAAAAUACCAAUAUAUG